AUGUCUUGCAAUCAUCGUAUUAUCGUUGAAGGAAUUUGCCGUGAAUGCAGAUCGAGUGUGACUCAACCUAAUGAUGACUUUCAACAUUUCAAUAAUCUCGCCAAUGGCUUAUCCUUGAGCCAUGAAUUUGUUGGUUCUCUGAAGAGCCAUGUUUCCAAAAACUCUUUAGAGAAGAAGAAGCUCCACUUGGUUCUCAAUUUGUACGGUACAUUUUUCGACUCUCAAGCUUUUCCAUGUCUUUCUAACAAGGAGAAGUAUCUUAAGGGAAAAGUCAAUUCGAGGAAUGAUCUGUGGCAAACCAGAAUCCGUGGUCACGAUGUUUUGAUAAAGUUGCGUCCAUUUGUUCACGAAUUCUUGCGUGAAGCUAAUAAGUUGUUUAUAUUACAUGUCACCACUCUUUGUAUUCCCGAGUAUGCUGAUUUUGUACUCAAGUUGCUUGAUCCGCAUCAACUCUAUUUUGGGAAUCGUAUCAUUAGUCUUAGCAAACACGUCAUAUGGGAGAAGACACUUGAUCAAGUCUUGGUCGGAGAACGUGAGGUGAUUAUCCUCGAUGAUAGAUAUGACGUUUGGUCACCUGAAAACAGAUCAAACUUGCUGCAGAUCACAACUUACUCAUAUUUCAAAGCAACGAAAAAGAGGAACAGCAUCGAUGGUGGCAUGUUCCAGAAUCUUUUCAAGUAUUUUCUGAAGAUAUUUUCAAGAGAUGACGACAAUCUACUCUCGGAUUCAAACUCUUACUCGGAAGAGAGAAAAGACGAGAGUGUAGAUGAUGGAGCAUUAGCGAAUGCUCUGAGAUUCCUCUUCAAAAUUCACCAAGACUUCUUUAAUCAUCACUAUAGUGAAAACGAUAUUUAUAAGAGAGAUGUGAGAGUUUUCCUUCAUUCCUGA